UCAAAUUCGACUUGAAUUAUAUUAGAACGUCGUUGUUUGUGUUUUGUAAAGUUCAAAGCCAUAAUAUUGAUGAGGAACCCAAAAGACACCGUGGUGUCCUGGCACCACUUUAAUCGCAAGUUGGAAACUUCGAUCGACGCAGAACACGUCACACCCUGGGACGAGUUUGUACAUCGUUUUUUGGAUGGAAAAGUACUGCUUGGUGAUUUCUACGACCACGCCCUCGGCUGGUGGCAGAUGCGAGACGACCCCCACUUCCUGUUUCUGAAGUAUGAAGACAUGAACAAGGACCUAUCUGGUGCUGUAAGGAAGAUAAAGGAUUUCUUGGACAUCAGUUUGGAUGACGUCACUACCGCAAGCAUCGUUGAGUCUUGCACCUUUGCCAAUCUGACGUCUGCUUGGGCCGAUUCUGGAAACCAAACCAAAACUCUCCUCGCCAGGAAAGGUGCUAUCGGUGACUGGAAGAACAGUUUCUCUGAAUCUCAGAAUAAGGCGUUCGAUGCCAAGUACAGGGAGAGACUGGAGGGAACCGGUCUGCAGUUUGACUUUGAGUAA